GCAACCGAAGGCGAGGAAAACGAGGGGAUGAGACAUUCUGCGACAGUUGACGAGAGGGCUGGGCGAAAUGUAACUUGGCUUGUGGUUAGAGAUUCCGAGCCGAGCAGUCUAAGCCUCCUUCACCGGACCUAGCGAUUCAGGCCGCAAACCUCAAGGUUCGAGAGCGAUUGGCCAAUGAGGCCUCCCAAACUGCUCCCUGGUUUGGGCGUGCGUUCGUGCUGCAUCAUCCAUUCACUAAGCACUUGUCCUUCACUAUAGCAACUCAUACAUUUUUUAGGCGCUUUUCCUCCACACCAUCUUCCAGUAUCUAAGUCGACAAGUCCCAACCUAGGCUUCCUCUUCUGACCUCUUGACACCCUCGCCAGUUCACUCCACCAGAGCCCUAGAGAGAGCGUCGAAACCUUCUCAGAGUACUACUACAACCAUUGUGGUCUCAUUCGCGCGACGUCAUCGUAACAAUCUUUCCUUUCCUUUCACUCACAGCACUGCCAUUUUCGAGCCGACUAGAAAAACCAUCCGCACCACCAUGAGCCAUUCCUGCGUGUUCAUCCCAUCCACGGCGUGCAACGACCCCGCAGCUCUCACCGCGCCGCUGCUCCCCACCGCCUCUCGCGGCGGAGAUAAUGCGGCUGCGGCACCGGCUUCGACGGCGGAAGCAGGCGGUGGCCAUCACGGGGAGAAGCGAGGGCUGAAACGGUCUCUGACUGUCGUCGAUGGCGUGUGCAUGGUGCUCGGCGUGGUGGUGGGCAGCGGAAUAUUCGCCACGCCAGGCGUGGUGCUCGUGGACUCCGGGGGAGUGCCGCUCUCCGCGCUCAUCGUGUGGCUCUGCGCUGGCGUCGUGGCUUACUCCUGCUGCGAGGUUUAUGCUGAGCUGGGCAGCUCCAUACCGCACGCAGGCGGCGACGGGGAGUACAUCCAGCUGGCGUUCGGAGACCUCCUCUCGUUUGUCUUUAUGUGGAUGUUCUUCUUCGUCUCCACUGGGGGAGGGAUUGCCAUCCUUAUUGUCACAUUCGCCCGAUACACUAUAGCUUUGCUCCCCGGCAUGCAGGGCGCCAGCCAGGAGCAGAUGGAGCUGGGAGUGCGGAUCAUCGGCUGCUCCUUCACCCUGCUGCUCACCGCCAUCAACUGCGCUGGAGUGAAGGCAGGGGCGUUGGUGCAGAACAUUCUGACAGUCACCAAAGCUCUCCUCAUCGCAGCAGUCGUGGCGUGUGCUCCCAUCUUCGUCGCCCUCCACGGCACAUCUGUAGCUGCUACAAACUUCUCUCAGCCGCUCCCACCCAUCUCGAGUUACAACUGGAGCAGGGCUGGGGCCGGCUUGGUGGCCGCUGUCUGGGCGUUUGACGGCUGGAACUGCCUGGGCUAUCUAUCAGAGGAGCUCAAGAACCCCAAGAAGGACCUCCCUCGCUCGCUGUCAUUCGGCAUGCUCACUGCCGUCGGCAUCUGUCUUGCAGUCAACUCCGCCUACUUCUGCAUCCUACCCCUGGCAGCCGUGGGCAAGUCAGAAGUGGUGGCCGUGGAGGCAGUCGAAGCUGUCUUCGGCCCUCCCUCUGGCCGAUUCAUCGCCUUCCUUGUGGCUCUUAACGUGCUCGGUGCUGCGAACGCUACUCUUUUAUGCCACGCGCGCUUCUUUUACGCCAAGGCAAGGGACGGCCAGCUCUUCUCGUUCCUCAGCGGAGUCACUUCUGGAGGCGCACCCUACGCCUCACUUAUCGCCACUGGCGGAUGGAUAGCAGUCGUUGUCUUCGUUGCGGCAAAUCAUCUGGAGAAGUUGAUUGAUUAUUUUGGCAUCGCUGCAUGGAUGUUCUAUGGCCUUGUGGGAGCGUCCCUCAUCAAGCUCCGGUGGGACCUGCCCGACCUACCCCGCCCGUACAAGGCCAGCCUCUAUCCGCUCCCCGGCAUCAUCGUCGUUGUAGCCUCCACGUACCUUGUCAUCUCAUCCCUCGUCACCCAGCUCGUUCCGUCUCUUCUGUCCCUCGCCUUUGUUUUCGCGGCGCUGCCCGUUUACUUCGCCAUUCGUUGCAUGAGGUCUACAGCUUGCUGUGCUGCCUCGUGCACCAAAACUGCCUCAACAGUUCACAUAAUUCCUGAGACUGAUGCGAGGAAACCUUUGCUUUCAUGAGCAUCGACCCUUUUCAUCUAUUGUGAAUUUGUCUUCACUGCAAUGCCAUUUAUCCCCUUCAUGGUUUAGCACAGAUGUGUAAUCCAAUGCAUGGUUCAAUGUGAAGUGUCACCACAAUGUACAACUAUGUAUUGAACAUUAUAUUUAUAAAUAAUAUUAUAUUAUGUUA